AUGACCAGCAAAUGCUUUGUGUCUGGAUGCUCAAGUAAGCCAUAUGGCAAAUGCGAUUGCAGCGAGAAUUAUACCAUUUUUUGUGAAAUCCACGCUGCCCAACAUUUCGAAAUCUGAGUUGGAGAUAAAAGGCAUCGAUGCUUAAGAUUAUAUUAUACGCCUGCUGCUGAAACUAAAAUAUUGGUUAAGAAAAAAAUUGCUGAACUAAGGCAAGGCCUACAGAAAUAUAGGAAAAACGUUAUUUUAGACGCAAAAGAAAUUAUUGAAAUCGUGGUAAAUAAUUUAGAAAAAGCCCUGCAAAGCUUGGACAAAUUAGAAGAAAAAUUUUCAUGAAUUGUUUUGAUGACUGAAUGCAAUGAAAUUCUUGAUUUAAGCGAAGAAAAUGACCCUGAAAGUGUUUUGAAAAUGGAGCCCUUUGAUGCUGAUUUUGAAACUAAAAAAUGAUAUUUCCCAGAUUUUAUAUCGAAAACAGAGUCUCUAGUUUUGAAUAUUAGUACCUGUUUUAAUACCAACAUAAAUCCUUUUCAGCGCCCAAAACCUGAUAUUAAUUCGAUACAAGAUUAUAAAUAUAUAUUUUUUAAAGGAAAUAAUAAAGAGUUAUCGGAAAUAAAUUUAAAAACAUUUCAAGAAACUAAAUUCAACCUUGACCUUAUGGAAAAUAUUCACUUUCAAAUUUCAAGCUGCAUCUUACCAGAUAAAAGUGUUUUUUAUUACUCAAACACUAAUUCAUCAUCUGAAUACACAUUUAUCAUAGAUAAAAAUAAAAAUAUCAAGCAAGUUGCAAAUUCAAAACCGAGCCCUUAUUUAUACCCAAUUUAUUUUGAUGGAUUUGUGUAUGCAUUAGGAGGAGGAAAUAAUUUGGCACAAAGAUUUUGCCUUAAAUCUAACACAUGAGAAGACUGUGUCCUCUUCCAGCUGGUCUCAAUUUUGAUCAAACUGUAG